GACAGAUCUUAAGUCUCUUUCGCCGUAAAUUGAGUGCCUCUGUCGGAACACCUGAAUACUUAAUAAAUGGAUAAAAUUAACAUUAAUAACGACUGUCUGUGACCGAUCCACAUCUUAUCCGACGACAAACGCAUUCGACAGUCCUGCGUGGUAUAUGCCUUAGGAAAGUUUCUCACAGGACAGGAUAGAUCAGUUCUUUUACAUUUGUACAAUUACUUAUAUCUCCGGUGUGAUUAGGUAUUUUAUUAAUUGUUAAACGAUUCGUUCGCCAAUAUGGACCUAGAGGAGUAUACUAACGAGCCGCUGAGAAACGAGUCGGAGAACGAUAGCAAUAAUGAAGAUUGUGACCGUUCACCGGUAUUGUUAGAUCUGGACAAGAACUCUAAAUUGCAACAACAAGAAAUGCUGCAGCAGAAAGACAGUUCUCCAACCAAGUUACCACCGAUCAAUCACUACUUGCAGAGUCAACUAAUUGGAAACGAAUCAGAAGAUUCAAGCAUACCGCGGCAGCAAGCGGCAAGGAGAGGAUGGCAGCAUCGAAAUUUCGAAGAUCGCCAACAAAACGGCAAUCGUGUGUUUGUGAUAAGAGUGCCCGAACCAGAAGUGAUUGCUAGUCAUCCGCACUUGGAAAUUCUUCACGAAGCGAACAUUAAAUCUGUACAGCGUGAAUCGUCGCAAACCGAAAAGGGUGGGAUUCAAGCAUUCCUUAGAAGAAGAACGCGAAACUAUGCAAACGAAAUAUCGUUCCACUCCAAUGUUAAUCUAGUCGGUGCUUCGUUUUCAGAUUACAAAAAAUCUGCUUGCGACCGGGAACGAACGAGGAUGAGAGACAUGAAUCGCGCGUUCGAACUUUUACGGUCGAAAUUACCAAUCUGUAAACCACCCGGAAAGAAACUCUCGAAAAUAGAGUCGCUCAGGCAUGCCAUAACUUAUAUCAGGCAUCUGCAGAGUCUCUUGGAACCACAAUACAACUAUGUUCCGAACGUGCCUGAAAGGAGUUAUUAUUCUGCUGGUACACCCGUUACAACCACCGCAUCUUUUGACGUACAACACCCAACUCGAUGGGAAUCGUUUGCUUACUAUCGCUAUGAUUAUUAUACUCCCUUCGCAACCCCGUGCCCAUCAGCACUACCUUCCCCUAUUCAUCCGCGAAUAACAUCGGAACCAGACGAACGACAGUUUUCGCAAGAUCUACGACAUUGAUGCUCUUCCUCCAAGAAUCGCUAUGUUUCAUAAUAUUUGUAAAUUUGCGAAAUGCAGAAACACGUUUUCUUGGAAGACAUUUUGAGUACGGUGAUUGACAUUUUUUUUAUUGUUACAAGCUUUGUAAUAACAGAACCCUACUUAUAGAUUUCGGGGCCCGGAACAAGUCCGAUCCUUAGAAAAGUGUAUACAGAGUGUCCCAAAAUGAUGGGACUCUCGAGAAAUGAGAGGUCCCUGAGGUAAAUUGAAGUAACUUUUGGCGCGAGGCGGCCGAGCUCGCAUUUCGUUGGUCAGUGUUUUUCGUUAAUAACACGCAAACAAAGCUGCUGUUUGUAUUUACGCUACGGAAAAAGUUGCUUCAAAUGACCUCUUAUUUCCCGGAAGUAACAUAAUUUUGGGACACCCUAGUAUUAAAAAUAUAUACAAUCAAAAAUAGAUAAUUGUACCUCUGUAACAAUUACAUUCAUUUACUUUUUGUCAAAUGUAGAAGUAAUUAAUACUAAAUGCAGGGCUCGGCGCAAGUGCGCCGUUUGCCUGGUGUUAAGAGUGCGGUUCUGUAUAAUAUAAUCUAUAAAAAUAGACAUUUUCAAAGAAAUCUGCAGUAUCCUCAUCACUCUCUACAAUCGUUUUACAUUAAAUAUAUAUAUAUAUAAAUUAUGUUUAAUUUUAUUUUAAAAGUUUUUGCAAUUAUUAAAAGUUAUAGUGUUGAUCAAGAAGAGGCGUUAUCUAGUUAAAAAUUCUACCGAGUCUAGAUCUUCAACAUCCCACGAAAUAUGAAUUUUUCGACUAAUACGAUUUCAUUUAUUAUAUCAGUUUUAUUUCGCACUGCUUUAAAUAAACGCUAUUCAAUGAUGAUUGUAAUUGUGAAUCACAUGUGAUGCACGGUACAAUGAAUGUGUUAAUUUUCAAAUGUGUUAUUUAUGUUACGAAAUAUAAUUAAUUCUAAUAAAAAUUAUUCUUAUGUGCGAUUUA